GGUACGUUACACACUCCAGAUCAUCUGCUCUACCCUCCUCACUCUCCUUCUGGGUCUAAAACAUUUUGGGCUUUUCCCUCCAGGUCCACUAUGUUGGGACAGCUACUUCUUCAGAGUGCGGUGAUCCUUUGGCUGGUGCAGACAGCGCACACAGGGGGUUAUGGUGCAGCAUCUGGAGUAUCCAAUGGUCAAGGGCCACAACCUCAUGGAAACAAACCUCAGAACGGUGGAGGUUUAGCAAGAAUGCUGAUGCCAUCAAAAGGUGUGGGUCAGGCAAUGGGUGCACAAAAUGGAUAUGGUGGAUACCCCACAAAAGGAAUGGGCUAUGGUGCAGCUUCUGGUGUGACCAAUGGAGGAGGGACGAAAGGAUAUGGUGCUCAAGCUGGCCCCACCGAUGGACAACAAAUGAAAGGCAACGGAUAUGGUGCUCAAGCUGGCCCCACCAAUGGACAACAAAUGAAAGGCAACGGAUAUGGUGCUCAAGCUGGCCCCACCAAUGGACAACAAAUGAAAGGCAACGGAUAUGGUGCUCAAGGCGGCCUGAAUAAUGGACAACACAUGAAAGGAAACGGCUACGGAGCGCAAGCUGGAGGAUAUGGUGGACAAGGAACUAAAGGCAAUGGUUAUGGAGCUCCUGCUGCUGUAGCACCAAAUGGAAACGGAGGCCAUUUGAAUGGUUACAGUGCUGCAGCUGGUGUUAGCAAUGGAGGUAAACCCAAUGGUUAUGGUGCUGGAUCCGGUGUCCCUAAUGGAAAUGGGGCUAAAACCAAUGGAAGAAAUCCAGCCGUCUCACCCAAUGGAAAUGGAGCCAAAUCAAAUGGAUAUGGUGUUCAAGGCGGCCUGAAUAAUGGACAACACAUGAAAGGAAACGGCUACGGUGCACAAGCUGGUGGAUAUGGUGGACAAGCAACUAAAGGCAAUGGCUACGGUGCUGGAUCUGGUGUCCCUAAUGGAAAUGGGGCUAAAACCAACGGUCAAGGAGUCGCAGCUGGCCCAUCCAGCGGCAAUGGGGCAAGACCAAAUGGACAGGGGGGAGCUGGAAGUAAACCUAUGAAAGGAUAUGGCCGACCACCUUUUGGGACAGGCCCAGGUGUGGGAAUGGGAGCGGGAGCCUCCAGAGGUCUUGGAGUACCUCAGCUUGCUAGGAACCAAAGGGCUCAAGCAUAUGGCGGUAAUGGUUACAAUGGUUAUGGAGCUCGUCCCAUGGGAGGCUACAACGGUGGUUAUGGCACUGCUGGUCUGGGUCUCAGACCUCGGUAUGGAAAUGGAGGAAUGAAGGGACCAAAGCAAGGCUAUGGUGCUGCAGCUGGUGUGCAGAAUGGACAAGGUGCCAAUGGUUAUGCUGGAGCUGGAGCCAGAGCCCCGAAUGGGAACAGAGCCUUACCAAAUGGUUAUGGAUACCCCAAUGGUGGAGCUACCAAGCCAGCAAAAUCAGGUUAUGGCAAUAUUCCAAAUGGACAUGGUGCCAAACCCAACGGAUAUGGACCCACCAGAGGAAGUGCAAUGAGACCCCAACCAGGAUAUGGAAAUGGAGCUGUUCCCAAUGGAUAUGGAACUAAACCCAAUGGUUAUGGAGCUGCAGCCGGAGCCGGAGCUGGUGUUUCCAAAGGCUAUACAGCCAAACCCAAUGGUCAUGGAGUGAGAAAUGGUGCUACACUUGGUGGACAUGGAGGAAAUGGAAUGCCAAACGGAGGCUCAAAACCUCAGACUACCAAAGGAGUUGGAGCAGUGUCCCCCAGUGAAGGUGCUAAAACACUCGGCACUGGUUAUGCUGUUCCUGCUGGUGUACCUAACGGACAGCUGGCUAAAGCAGCCAAUACUGGUUACGGCAUGAUGCCAAAUGGGAAGAGUACAGGAGCGUCCAAUGGAAAGGGCUUCAAAGGUGGAGUUCUCUCUCCUGAGCAGCCGAGUGCAGCACCAGAGGAGGGUGGGGUUACACCUCAACAAGCAAUAACUCAAGGUGCUGCACCUGUUGCCCCCGAGCCGACGAGCGGUAUCCUUGUUAUGGUGACACAAGAGAAAUAUCAAAAGCUGCCUGUGCCUGUGCCACAAGGAAAGAGCUACAAACACACACCACUCUUCCCUCUGGCUACACCAGAACCAGCACCAGCAAUUCCUCAAGGCAAAGACCCAAAGCCUGCAUCCAAAGCCACACCUGAACCAGCACCCGCAGCUCCGAAGGCAGCCUCAUCCGGGCCUGCACCAGUGGUUCCCCAAAGUAACCCAGCACCAGAGCCAGGAGCAGUUCUUCCUCAAGAGAAUGGAGGAGGAACUUCAAUCUCCAAGGGACAGGGAGCUAAAUCAGCCAAACCUGACUGUGGACCAUCAGGAGUACCAAAUGGACAAUGGAUGAAAAUACCUAGACCUGGUUAUAAUGCGGGUGCUGGAGCAUCCGCUGGCACAAACACUAAAGGUUAUGGAGCAGGAGCUGGUUCUCCGAACGGAUAUGGUGCUAAACCCAAUGGAUACGGUGCCAGUGCUGGGGCAUAUGCAAAUGGAGGAGGAUCUAAAGCAAACAAACCAGGUUAUGGAGCAGGAAGCUUCGCUGUCCCUGGACUCAGCAAUGGAUAUGGAGCUGGACUGGGAUAUCCUUAUGCAGGGAAACCUCAGCAACCUGGUUACGGACAAGGAGCGUACCUUGGAGCUGGAUAUGGAAAUUCAUACGGAGGAAAUACAGGUCUGGGUGAAGCAAGCAAGUCCAAAUCAGGGAAUGGAAAUGGCUAUAGGACUGGCGUACAACCUGACUAUGCAAGUCUUGGCCAAGGGAUACCCGCUGCGAAUGGCAAAUCAGGUGGCGCCAGACAGAUUCCUUAUAAUGGAGCCCCAGUGGUUCCUGCUGGAAUAGAUGGUGUGAGUCAGUUUGAGCCUCAGUCCGCUGGCCUUGGUCCAAAUGGAAAAUUGGGCAGCAUGUAUGGUGGAAUGGGCGGCUUGCCUUUCGGUGGUCAGCCCCUGGGAACGGGUGCAGAGAAAUCAAACGCCAAGUACGGCAUUGGUGGGCUGCAGUUUGGUGGACAACCCCUCAGCACAGGGACUACUGGCGCAGGGCCUUAUGGAUAUGGUGGAAGCCCCCAUGGGCCUGCUGGUGGCAAAUCGUCUGGAAAAUAUGGAUACGGUGGGUUCCCCAAUGGUGGGCAGCUUCUUGGUCUUGGCAGUAAUGGAAAUACAGCCGGCAAAUAUGGUUAUGGAAGAAUGCCUUAUGAAGCUCAACCAGCUGCUCUGGUCCCUGAAGCCAAAUCUACUGGAAAUUAUGGUCAGGCUGGGUCACCAUAUCAUCCUGAAACUCUUAGCCUUGGACAGAAUGGAAAAUUAACAGGCAAAUACGGCGGCGCUGAAGUUCCUUAUGCACCACAAACUCUUGGUUUUGGAAGUGAAGCAAAAUCUUUGGGAAAAUAUGAGAACCAGGGACCAUACCAGUCGCAGCCCCUUGGAUCUCAAUCUGAAGGCAGAUCUGGUGGAGAAUAUGAUACAGCUGGCUUACCUUAUGAGCCCCUGCCUCUUGAGCCAGAUUCAGCUGGAGAAGUGAAGGCAGAGGCACAAAGUCCAGCAGUCGAAAGCGACGGGAUGGCCAUUGAUAGAUACGAAAAUGUGGGCUAUAUAAAUGGACGAGUGCCAGAAGUUGUUUCAUUUCCUGCAGUGCCCACUCCCAGCCCCACCCUAGCCUACCCCUCUGACCCAUCCUAUCUUCCUGUGGAGUCCUCCUUCACACCUGAUGUGCUGCCUGGAGCAGGUGUUGAGAACCUGCCGGGCGCUGCCGGCUUCGCCCUUGACUCCGCACCUGCUACAGAAACACAGGGCGUGGCUCAGGUGCCUGAGCAACCUGAUGACCUGCUUCAACAUCAGCUUCCACGUCAGAUACACAUUCAGCAGCAUCUCAAACUGCAUUUUCACCAACAAGGAGCAAAGAAUGGCAAAUAUGAUUUGAAUGGCUUCUUUGGGAAUAGUGGCUAUCAAGGUUAACCAUGCUGACAACGACAAGUAUAACCUCUUUUUUUGCCGUUGUAUAUUAUUUUUAUUAUUAUUUUCGAUUGUUUCCUAAUUGUAUAUUAUUCUUUAUUUUUACUUCUGUCUGUCAAAUAGUCCUGGUAUUUUUGUGUUUGUUUUAAGUGUAGAGAUAGAUAGAUGUUUAGAUAGAAAUGUAAACAUUUUAAGUUGUUAGGUUUCCUGUUUAUGUAUAUUUUAAUGCGUCCUGCAUUACCUUUUUUGUCCUGCACUUACUGUUGACUGAACACGCAAGGAAGAAGAAAUAGUGUGUCUGCUGCAUAUGAUCAGUGUUUUGUUUGAAUCAGUCAGUUUUGCUUGAUAUUAACAACUUAAAAUAAUCCUGUAAAAAGUAAAUCAGUCUAAUUUAUUUUGCAUGGGAAAGGGUUUUUUUUACUACUAGUGGCAAAGCAUCUGUUUAUGAUUGUACAGUAUUGGAUUGAAUAAAACAUCAAUGAAUACAAACAGUGGAAAAUGUGUGGCUUCACUUGUAUUAGUAUGUUACAUAAUAGGCAAAGCCCUUUAAUGUAUUUAAAAGUGCACAAUAAAGAAUUACCAGUG